AUGUCUCAUCAAGUAAAAAUUCACAUAAAUCACGACCCCAUCACCGAAGAUGAAAUCCGUCUCUCCGACAGAGUAAUCAACUUGAAUCCAACACAAAGGGUUUUGCAGAUAGGAAGAGCUUCGAAGAGUCCUAUCAAAGGUCUCGCAGGUGCUACCAACAAUGCCUGGUUUGAUAGCCCUGUCAUGUCUCGAAACCAUGCCGAGAUUAUCUACAACCCAUCUGACAAUGUCGUCCAAAUUCGAGAUGUAGGUUCGAUGCAUGGUACUUUUGUCAAUGGAGAAAAGUUGCGUGGCGAAGCCAAAACUCUCAAGAUAAAUGAUCGGGUUGUCUUUGGUAUUGUUGUCAGGCGUGGUAUGGAUAGUUUCCCGCCAUGUCAUUUCAACAUCAACUACGAAGUACUUCCUUGGAAUUAUACUGUACCCGAUUCCUCCUCCGAUGAAGAUGAAGGUUAUAAUUACAGCGACGAAGAUAUGUCCGAAGGUGCUUCAAGUCAAGAUGAUACAUCUAUCAAAAUGCUUCGCUGUAGUACCGUGCUUCAAUCAAUUGAUGCCAUUGAUCUGACUGGGGACGAUACACCGAACCAUAAUUUUGAGUCUACGGAACCUUCCUACAUUUCGACGGCUAAGAAAACUGAGGAACAAGAAUUCGCUCCCAAGUCACCGGUUCUAGACAGCCCUAUGACAGGUGUUAACACUGUUAUCGUAAACUCGAACCCAAAGUCAAACUAUAGAAAUGACCGCCGUCAAGAGAGAUCUUUCAAAUUCACUUACAGCUACAAGGGCGAUGACGAUGAAGAUAUGAACUUGGCAACUUCUGACUUGAACGGCUCGGAUUUGGAGAAUGUUUCUGACCAUGAUGAAAAUGAUGACGAUGAAGAUUCCGAUUCAUCUGAGGAGUUGAACGAUAGCGUUUCCGCAAACAAGAAACCUGUUUCACUCGAUGAGAUCCCUUCUUCGUUCCCUUCCAUCUACUCAUCGCGUGCAUCUUCUCCUGUUCACCGGCCCAGCAAAUCUAGAGCUCUAUCCUCGCCGGGAGUUUCCACUAUUCGUCCAGCAAACGAUCCUCUUGGUCUGUUCGAUAAUGAGAACAUUCCUGAAUCUCAUGUUCGGACACAAAUUCAUACUUCUGAAGAAGUUAUAGCUCUUGGUGGACAUGGUAGUGAUGAGGAAGAUGAUGGCGACGAUGGAAGUGUAGGACUUUCUGAAGCUGCUAAUGAAGGGAUGCGCAUAUUAGUCAAAGAUGGUUUACUUGAAGGUAAACCAGUCAAUACUCACUUCCAUUCAAGAGACCGUAUGGUUGAAGAUAAUUUCUCCGAUGCUCGUCUCGAAUUUACUGUUCCCUGUCCCACCACUUAUGUUCAACCUCCAAUGUGGUCUUCUUUUGAUCGAGAGGCUAGUCCUUCGGCGGUAGCUAUGGUAAAGACACCCGGACCAUCUAAAGCGGAAAAUUCUGUUGAUCAAACUCCUAAAAGCCCUUGGGAUUCAUCAAAGGGAAAAGCAUUUGCCAAAUCAUUGGGAAUCAAGACUGGAAAGCAUGCUUUCUUUGAAGCCAGAGAAGACAAUAAGAUGCAGUUUCAAGCACACGUUGACAAGGAAGAGAAGCAAGGGAAUGAAUAUUCUUCACCAAUAUUCACCAAACCAAAUCAGGCUGUCGAAUUCGGCCAACCCUUGGUACAAUUCACGCCAUAUCAUGGCAAUGGUAUUGAUCAUGGUUUUAUGAUGAACGAUCAUCCUAUUUCAGGAACUGAAAUUAAAGACCGGGAGCAUGAACCACAUACACAUGCAUUUGAGUCUGCUAGUGGUCCAAUGCUCAAUUUUAAACCUGCAGAAGAACGACGUUCGAUUCAUCCAUAUUAUUUUAGCUCAGAUGCCUCAUCAAGAGCUCCAGAGAGUCCAGCUUUGGAAAGACAUCCAGCUAGGUCUGGCCUUCGUAUUGAUGACAUUAUUGAUGGUUCUUCAGCAUGCAGAAAGAGGAAGGCGGAUGAAAUCUCUGACGAUGAAGUUAUCGAAAGUGAAAUACGCAAAAAUGAGGUUCGAGAUUGGGCUUCUUCUGUUGUUGUACCUGAGAAGCCUGUAAUGGCACAAGAAGCUGUAUCUGAGGUAACACCAGAACAAUUUACACCUCAAGCUAUUCGUUCUGCUUUGGCCACUACAAAUAUCGAGCUUGAACUUCGACCAAUCAAGAGACCCAAGAUGAAGAAGUUUGCAGAAGCUGUAGGAUACUUUGCUCUAGGAGGAGCCGCUGUUGGAGCUGGUUUGUUCUCAGCUCUUGUAGCAACAGCUCCAGACUUUCUUUGA